UCCCGUUCCCCUUCACUCAGCCAAAAAUGACCCCAGAGAAGGUAGAAGUAUGAGUCACGCUAACUCUGAAGACAAUUUCGUGAUAUUUUUUUUCCACUUUUUGAAUUUCAGAAACUCAAGUCAACCCUAGCUCUUAUCAAGAAAACUCGAGCUCUGACCCUGCUGAAAGCUUAAUGGCUUGUCAAGGAAGUGAGCCCUUAGAGGUUCUCCAUGAUGAUCAAGGAGACGACACAGAUUUUGUUCUUGAGAAUUACAUCCUGGAAGAUAAUCGAGCAGAUGAGCAGGAGCAGUCUCCUGUUAGACAAGACAUGAUAACCAAGCCAAUCACUGGACAAAAUCCAACAGCUCGGCUUGAUGAUCAAAGACACGACACAGAUUGUAUUCUUAAGAAUGACAUCCCUGAAGACGUCAAGCUCGCUGACUGCCAGUAUGGUAUUGACGAUUUUAUUCUGCCACUGGAUGUCGAUUCCACGCCACCUCAAAAGAACUGGAAACAUGUCGCAAACCGGUUUCAAAUUUCCCCAAAAGACAUUCAGAUUCUCGACAAUGAGAACAAGAAGCCAGGGGGAAGCGCAAUGCGUCUUUUGAUUCCAAUCCUGUGCAGCACAAAAUGUGCGACUCUGAAAAAGUUCGUAGACGUCCUCGGAGAGCUGGAACGGUACGAUGUUGCAAACGAAAUUGUAAAUUGGUUCAGAAAAAAACAGGAUAUUACCAGAUGUUCAGAGGAGGGUAAGAACUGACAAUACCCAAGAGAUUGUUAAGUGUCUCAUUAACUUUAUGCACCACGAACAAUUUGUAUAACCGUAACAGUUGAUAAUUGGUAAGAAAAUUACAUGUAACUGGUUGUGUGUAUUUGGAAGAGUCGAAGUAGUUUAAACACAUUUUAAGAAAGUCCCUAGGGAUCCACGCCGGUUCAUAGAUGUUGGUUUAAGAUCAGAUUAGAGGAUCUUUUAAUUAAGAAUUACAAAAAGUAGUGAGACUUUUGUAGUAAAAUUUAUAUUACGAAGUUCGGUGAAAAAUUUAUAUCAUUCUUCUAAGAUUUUGUAAGCUUUUUAACCUUUUCUCUUAGUGGUAAAAGUAUUCCCAUGGUUAAAUAAUUUCUCACCACAGUUUUUUCUACGUCGAUUUGUGGUAAAAAACAAAAAACAAAUCGACAGUGGUUUUACGUGGUCUGUACUCUUAUCGACAAAGACGUUUGACAUUACAGUCACGGUGAUGGAAAUGUUGAGGACUCACGAGGCCCAACCGAUCGAGUCCACAGUGAUGACAAAUAACGUUGUUUAUAUGAGUGUUGACCACGUUACGCCACCGUCGAUUUGUUAAUUAGGUAACGUUCGUAAGUGCAAUUGAGGACCAAGUUUUAUGUUGAAGUCAGAACUUCUUUAUUGUAGGAAAUAUAUGAUAGUAUCAUAUUUUAAAAAUUCAGACAAUAUUUUAAAAUUCAGACAGGCCGGUCGUAUAGUACACGGAAGGUUGUCUGAAUUUAUCUUUCUUCGUAUUAUUCCUUCAUGUCACUUUUUGAUGUGCCAUGAUGAGUUGAGAAAAUACUGCAGCCUAAAGUGUUGGCAGUGAUUUAUCUCACAUUGAGAAGAAAGUAAGCACUGCGUGCUUCAUUUAUUUUAACAAGGAUAUUUUUUAUAUUAUGUUCUAAGGUUAUCCUGUAUGAGAUUCGCCGAAGUUUGAAACUCGGCUUAGUCUGAUUAAUUAACUUUCAAUCGAGUGUCGGAGAAACUUCGCUUGGUUACAUUUACUGUGCCGUCGAGAAAAUUCACACCACCCCAUAAGGAGAUGUGAAAACUAAAAACAAUCGCGACUUGAGAAAAUGAAUUUUUCCAAGGGCAUGAAACAGUUCUCGUGCGUUUAACGACUUUACGUUCUCACGAGCUCGUUAUAACGUUUAAAUUAAAGUUGUUUGAUUGGCCACUGUAAUUAUCCCGCUUUUGAUUUCACGACACGCAAUUGAAAAGUUCCUCAGUUCCCAGUAAUAAAUUACUAGGAAGUAGGAGCCCUGUAUAGCUGUUAUUGAUCUUUUCUAGUUUUUGUCAGGGUACCGGGGCGUAGCUUGGUGAUGUUUCCUGGGGCGCUUUUGAAACUUCUAUGUGAGGUUACUGUUAUCACUAAAUGUUAUUCAAAAGUUUUCGAAUAAACAUGUAAAUCUGCCG